ACAGCAGGACGGUGGCCAUGGAAGUCGGAAUCCGCUAAGGAGUGUGUAACAACUCACCUGCCGAAUGAACUAGCCCUGAAAAUGGAUGGCCCCACCUUGCAGUCCCAGCACCCUGGUUUAGGUGGCGACACCUCCUUCUUGAUCGAAGGAUACUUUGCAGUGCCGCCAGCACCUCCGGCACUCUUAGUCGAGCUCACUGGUUUUGAGUUCCCAGGUUUGUUGCCUGGUUUGCUGCUACGGUCCAGCGCUUUCUCCUUCUUGGACGUCGGGCUGACCUUCUGCUCCUGA